GAAGUAACAUUUAUUGCGGUCCACCCUCUACAUUCUUCUUUGUUUUGCAGAUGUACGCCUUACUUUGUGUGAUAUCACAAUACCAGGAAUUGAAACAAGGAAGAGGGAGAGCCAGAGAUGAUCAAAUGUAUAGGAUACCAAAUGUCCACUACAGCUCCCAGCCAACUGCGACCAGCUACUUUAGUUCGAGGAAGCCAGUGACGUAUUACGAAACAAAACCUACACCAACGCAAAGUCCGACAGGCAUCCCACCCUCUGCUCCAAGCAUACCCGAUAUCCUGUCGCCGAAUAUUAAUAACAGAAGGGGAUCUAGGAAAUCGGUCAAAUUCCCCGAUAACUCAAACCUAACCCUUCACAAUGGAUCGCAACUAUUAGAUCCAUGGUCGAUAGAAGUGAAAUCCCCCAUGUUGCUUCCCAAAGGGAUCGACACCGCACCCCUUUUAGAUUCAAGUGUGCCACAAGUAACUCAAUCUAGUGUGUAGGAGUUAAGGAUUUGUAUAUACUUGUAAAUGUUGUUUUUGAGGUUUUUUAACACGUUUUUACAAGACAAACUAAUGGAAGUGUACAUAGAUGUAAACAAACCAGUGUAUAAAUUUUGUAUUUGUCAAAUAUAAGAGUAGUUUAUUUGUGUCAAUAAUGUCAAUUAAAUAACGACCGUCAAUAAUAUGUUUUUAUUUAAACAUGACGGUUUAUAUAUUAGCAGAAAUAUUUUGUACCUUUUUUAUCUCUUAAAGAAGAUCCAAAAUGACGUUGAAUGUUGGAUUAAUAUUUAAACUGUCGUUAUA